AUGGAGAAAAACUCCCAAAUAUCUGAACCCGAGGAGCACCAGGAUGACUUGCCUGAAUUGGAGCAACCUAGCAUCCUGUGGUCUAAGACCAAUGUUUACAUAGUGCAGGAAUUGUUAGGCAGUGGCGCCUUUGGCACUGUUGUAAAGGGUGUUAUAAACGGAACCAAUGAGAAAGUGGCUAUCAAGAUCUUGAAGGACACCCCAUAUGUUGCUGAAGAUGCUGAAGAAGAGGUGGACCUCCUAUGCCAGCUGAGUAAGGAGCAACCAGACGAUUUCAAUCUCGUCAAGCACUUUGACUAUUUCCAGCACAACAAUAACAUCUGCAUUGUGUUUGAGAUGUUGGACAUUAGUCUCUAUGACUUUAUCGAAGAACGCAACUGCAGGCCACUUCCAGUGAAACACAUCCGCCCUAUUGUGCAGCAGGUGGGCAGUGCACUGGCAAAGUUGAAGAGUCUGGGAAUAAUCCACACAGACUUGAAACCAGAGAACAUCAUGCUGGUGGACACGUCCAAACACCCAUUUAAGGUCAAGGUCAUAGACUUUGGCUGUGCAAUCCAUACAUCCAAGGCUCGAUGUUCGAGUUACAUACAAACCAGAUACUAUAGGUCCCCAGAAAUUAUAUUAGGAAUACCAUUCUGGGAGGCCAUUGACAUGUGGUCUCUUGGGUGUAUCAUGGCCGAGCUAUCCACAGGACACCCAUUAUAUCCUGGAGCAUCUGCGUAUGAUCAGAUCCGCUACAUCACCGAGACGCAGGGCUUGCCCCCUGAUAACAUGCUCGAUGAGUCAGCUUCUCCCUUCAGCCGCAGAGAGAGUACAGACAGUUUGAUGUAG